ACAUUCUGCCGUGGUGCUGCACCCGCUCUCCGGCAUGGCACCGAGCGCAAUUGGCGUCGUUAUCCAUGACGGCCGCGUUGCCCACUUGACGACAAGUGCCCAGGCUUGGCCCUUUGGAGAAUCGAUGCUGGUCCAGCCACGGAAACUUUGCCCGGGCCCGACGACCAGCGGGACUUAGACGUUUUUGACGUACCCUCUCCCCCUGACCCCCUCGAGCCUUGUCCCGACAUGUCAAAGCAGUGGAAACCGAAGAAAACACUAAGCCAGGAGCAGCGUAGCCACUUCAAGUACAAUGGCUCUCUCGCGUUCUGCAAGGUCUGCAACUACGGCUGGUUCGCCAGCAACAAUGUCAAGAACCACGCCAUCUCAACGAGGCAUUUGAAACGAGUGGAACGUUCAAACGCGAUGAAGGAGGCUGCGAAGCCCUCAACCUCUUGUGCAUCACGGGUCAAGUCUCCGGUAUUGAUGGGCAUCGAUGCAGAUGAUGACAGCCACGAUGAUCGCGACGGCAAUCCCGGGACCUUUAUAGAAGACAGUGACCAACACUAUGGCAGUUUCGACAAGUGGACAGACACCAAUGGCGACCAGAUCCUCUUCUCAGCGGGGGUUGAACCGUCUAGUCCCAUGGCGGAGUCGCUUAUUGCAGCUCUUCGAGCUGCUUCAAGGGCCACCGCGAAACCUUUCAACGGUGAAGAAGUGCCGCUUCAAGAUCUUGACGAACCAGCGAUGGAUCACAGUGAGGAUGCUGAUGACAAUGAAGAGCAGUCUGAGGCUGCCAAUCGGCUCCUCAAUCAAUUCCUUCACACAACGUCGACAACAUCAAAGUGGUUCCCUUACCCGGAUAAGUCGAUGUUUUUGACUGAUCUUCUUUUCAAAUCACCCCGGCUACGGUUCUCACAAGCGCAGCAGAAGGCGAUACUGUCAUGGGCGAAAGAAUUGGGUGCAAAGGUUCCGUCGCAGUGGGCACUCUCGAAGUUCCAAGAUGAGCUUCAAGAUGAGGUCGGUGAUCCAACCCAAAAGUACGAGUCAUCACGAGGCCAUGUAUUUUACCUCAACAGCGUUGGAGAGUCAAUCGCAAAGGAUAUCGCCAAUCCUAUUACGCGCCGUGACAUGGUCUUUUACCCCGAAGAUGCCGGCGAGAGGAUGGGUGAAGUAUGGCACGGGCGGAAGAUGUUGCGUGAUAUCCCUAAUCACUUGUUGACACCAAUGAUCAGGUCAAAUGGCCGUAUUUACUAUGUUAACGAGCUUGUUGCGUGUACCGGUGAUGAGUACUUCUUGCCUACGCGCUGGUUCACUCGGGAGGGAGGAGCAGAGAUGUGGGCCAUGGGCCAUGAAGUUACCAAGUCAGUGUCAGAGGGAAAUCGCUUUGCUGUUUUACCGGAGCUUCUUGUAGUUCCAGUCUCAACUUUCAUCGCAAACAUCGAAGAUAUCCUUGCGAAAACCACACAGGAGCAACUGUUCAUCGAUUCCUGUCGACACUACGAAGAACAGAUGCCACACCCGCUACGAAAAAAGGCAGAUGGUCGAUCGGUGUACUCUAUACCGGUCAUUAUUUUUAUAGAUGACGUUUCCGGCAACCAAUCAAAACAGUGGAAUAAACAUUUCUCUUGUUAUCUUUCGAAUGGUGCUUUGCCUCGCGAAAAGUUGACGGAGGAGUUCCACGUACGCUAUGUAGCAACGUCUCCAUCAGCUACACCCCUCGAAAUUAUGCAAGGGGUUCGUGACUCGAUUGACGAAACAUUUCGAGAGCCUGUUGUGGCCUUUGACUGCGAAACUCGACAAGACGUUCUGAUUCAAGUGUACCCACUCCUCUUUGCUGGAGACAACCCGAUGCAAUCUGAGCUCUGCAGCUGCUCCGGGUUGAACUCAAAUUUCUUCUGUCGUACAUGCAUGUGUGGAGGGACACAGGAGUACAAGCGGUCGGAUGAUGGAUUCGCUUCGUUUUUCAAGGAGGGGAAGCUUCGAGACCCUUAUGAAACCUAUCAGGAGUUGUGUGCGCAGUUCAAUGCUGCCAAGGAGCCGGGUGCAACGACGAAACUCACAGAAUUGUCACGGACUUCUGGCAUCAAGGACAUGGUUGCGCAGCCGAUCCUUGAAUCUGUCAUCAAGCUUGGCCAGAACCUACGCAAGUCCUCGCCGGGCCAAGCUGCCUACACACCAAACGAGAUUGAGGCAAUCCUGACAGAGGAGAUCAAGAAGGCACGGAGCAGCUCAAGAGGAGGGAUUAACCCAUUGAUUGAGAUGGACGGAGUAGAUAUUCAUAAAGAUACACCAACAGAAAUUCUCCAUACUAUCCUUCUCGGUGUCGUCAAAUACUUCUGGGCUCAGACCAUGGCUCUCUUGGAUAAGGAGAAGACCCCGCUGUUUCAAUCUCGUUUACACUCAGUUGAAGAAUCCGGACUCAACAUCCCCAAGAUCUCAGCGGAGUAUAUGGUUCAGUACAAGGGUGGUCUUAUCGGCAAGCAUUUCAAGUCUUUGUCGCAAGUUAUGCCCUUUCUCGUCUAUGAUCUUGUCCCUAAAGAUGUACUUGAUGCUUGGAUUGUCAUCGGGCGUCUAGUCGUACUCUUAUGGCAUACAGAAAUUGACAAUGUCAAGACAUAUAUGGAAGAGCUUAGUUCAACAAUCGAUGAUUUUCUCUUGCUGACAGCACGGUGCAGCCCUUCUAUCCUGAUAUCAAAGCCGAAGUUUCAUUUUCUUGUUCACCUCCCAUUCUAUAUACUUCGAUUUGGCCCUGCACUUCUCUUCUCAACUGAACGAUAUGAAUCUUACAAUGCUGUGUUUCGCGCGGCAUCCAUCCACAGCAAUCACCAAGCUCCGAGUCGGGACAUAGCUUGGUGCUUUGCCGGCAUGGAUGUCGUGAGACAUAUUGUCACUGGCGGCUGGUGGAAGCGACACCAGGGAGGGUGGGCACAUGCAAGUCCCGAUGUUCUGAGAUUUAUUGAGGAACAUCGUGAAUAUGCAGCAUUGCUGGGUCUUUCCUCCACAAUGCCUCGAGUCCCAGGAUCAAUCAAUUCCACUCAUCGGCGCGCUCAAGACAAAGAUAGCACCAACGUUAAAGCCUCCACAGAAGCUCUCAUAGCUGAUACGUUGGCUUACAAGUACUCGAUUUCUCCGUCAGAGCUACUCAGUGUUUCCUCGGCAGGAACCCCCAGCCUUGUCUCCAAAGCCAGAGAUGUGACUUCCAUAUCAAGAGAUAUUAUCAGGGUUGGUGAAAAUGCUAUCGUGCGAUAUGAAGGGGGCACUUACUCUCCAAUGGCAUUUGGAACCAUCGUAGAAAUCAUCGCGCCAACACCUGCUGCUGCGCACCCGGCAUAUUCACACACUUAUUCAAACCAAGUCCACGUUA